AUGGCGAUAAAAUUACAAAGGAAGAAUGGGAGCAUGCUCUUGAGUGAUAAAGUUAAAUUUUGUUUCUUAUAUUGUUCCUUAUUUCCGGAAGACUUUGAAAUUGAGAAAGAUGACUUGGUACAUUAUUGGAUUUAUGAGAAUUUUUGUGCUCGCAAUGAGGCAUAUUCUAUAAUUGGCACUCUCAUUGGGGCAUGUUUAUUGGAAGAGAAAGGCCGACAUGUGAAAAUGCAUGAUGUGAUUCGUGAUAUGGCUUUGUUGAUAGCAUGUAAAUAUGAAAAAGAAAAACAUAAGUUUUUGUGGGCGGGUGCCCAAUUAACUCAGUACGGAGGUUGGAAAAUGGGAAGUAUCAAGCGGAUGUCCUUGAUGGCAAACUCCUUCGAGAGAAUCCGUGAAGUUCCUAGAUGUCCUAAUCUUUUGACUUUAUUUCUCAGCAAUAAUCGUAAUUUGAGUGAGAUCAGUGAUGGUUUCUUUCAGUUUAUGGGUACACUAACCGUUUUAGACCUAUCAAGUACUAAUAUCAAAAAAUUGCCGGUAGGAAUGUCAAAAUUGAACUCAUUGCAAUAUCUUAAUCUGUCAUGGACGUUGAUAAGUCAAUUGCCAAUUGAGUUGAAAAUGUUGGUAAAUCUGAAAUAUCUGAACUUGGUGGGUAAUUUCGAGCUAAAUAUGAUUCCAAGGGGAGUCAUAUCCAGUUUAUCAUCAUUGCAAGUUUUGAAAAUGUACAACGUUGGUUUUAUUUGGGUCGAAAAAUUGGAAGAUAAUAUAUUGAGGGAAGAGAACAUGCUAAUAGAGGAGCUACAAUGUUUGGAACACUUGAAUGAAUUGAGCAGUACAAUAAGAAGUGUCUCAGAUCUCCAGAGUUAUGUCAACGCCCACACAUUACUCAACUGUACUCGAGCUCUAUGGCUUAAUUUGUUUCCAAGUCCACAAUCUCUCAACAUUGGUGGUUGGCAAAUAUGA